AUGGCCAGAGUCGUAUCCUUACCAGCCGGUCUUCAUGGACUACAACAACUUCAAUGUUGUUCGCUCCAGCCCUUCUCUUCUCCCCUCUAUCGAACACACAACCCUGAGCCGACCUGUUUCAAGAGCGCCUUCAUUCAGAUCCGACACGAGUUCUUCAUGGAUGAGCUGCCCAAGAAGCAACCCUUCCCGCUCCUCAUCACCCAACGCUGGUGA